AUGGCCAACCCAUCGGAACCCCCGGACCACUACGCAACCCUGGGAAUCCCUCCAACCGCCUCCCUCCCCAACAUCCGACGAGCCUACCACGCGCAAGCCCUGCUCCACCACCCAGACCGGAACCGCGACCAAACCGCCGUCGCCACAGAAAGAUUCCAACAAGUGCGCCAUGUCCCCCCACACUCGAAACGCGCCAUCAACUACCACCACCACCGCCACCACACAUCAACUAACCCGUCCGCACUAUUCCAGAUAUCACUCGCCUGGCAAACCCUCUCCUCCACCUCCUCCAAGCGCGACUACGACCUCAGCCGCCCUUCUGCCCCCUCUUCCUCAUCUCCCCCCUCCGAUCCCCCUCCCCCAACCCCAUCUCCCUCCAGCAACCCCCACACCCGCCUCUGCCUCCUCCGCGCACAGCUCGCUCACCUCGACGCUCUGGACGCCGAGCACGCGCGGGCGCGCCAGCUGCACGCCGCCGCCGCCGCUGCCUUGCCGUCAUGGCCGUGGAAAUGGCGACCACCCGCACCGGCGACGGAGGAGGAAGAGGCGAGGUUGGAGGGGGAGGGGCUAGAGAGGGCGGCGGUGCGGAGGGUGAAGUUGGUGGAGGUGGAGGAGUUGGAGCGGGUGGUGGGGAGGGAGAAGGAGGAGGAGAAGGGGGUGAGGGAGAAGGAGGAGGAGGAGCGGAAGAGGUGA